GAUACACAAACCCGUUUCUAUUUUUUCUGCCCACCCGAACUGACUCGCUCGCGAUCUCAAAUUUGUAUCCUCUAUCUCUCCCUCUCGCCUCUCAGACUCAGAGUCAGAGAGGCUAAUUGUAAAUGGCGACUACUAUCACAACUACACCGGUUAUAUUACAACCCCCCGGACCCUCCACCACCGAAAUCGAACCCGAUUCGGAAACCCCUUCCAAUCCCAAACAACCCCAAACCCAAACCCCAACCCCAAUUAAACCCGAUACUCCCACCGCCACCGCCACCGCCGUCGCCAUUGCCACUCCCAGACCCCCUGAUCCACCUCCCUCCUCCGAUGCUGACAUCAUCCACAUCCCCAGUUAUUCCCGGUGGUUCUCAUGGGACAACAUUCAUGAAUGCGAGGUUCGGUUCCUCCCAGAAUUCUUCGAUUCUCGUUCUCCUUCCAAGAACCCUCAGGUUUACAUGCACUACAGAAACUCCAUCGUCAAGCAAUUCAGAGAACAUCAACGUCAACAAGCCCCUUCGAGAAAAAUAACCUUCACGGACGCUAGAAAGACUCUUGUGGGCGACGUGGGGUCCAUUCGUAGGGUCUUCGAUUUUCUCGAGGCUUGGGGUUUGAUCAAUUACUCUCCCUCCGCACAAAACAAGCCACUCAAAUGGGAAGACAAGGACACCAAGUCUUCUUCUUCUUCUUCUCAGGGCGCCGAAGCUAAAGCCGCUGCUGCUGCUGCGGCCGCGGCAGCAGCUGAUUCGUCGGCGGGUCCUAGUAAGGAAAAUUCUAAGGUUGUGUGUAGUGGUUGCAAGCUUGUUUGCAGCAUUGCUUGCUUUGCUUGUGAUAAGUAUGACUUGACUCUUUGUGCAAGAUGCUAUGUCCGUGGGAACUACCGGGUUGGUGUCAACUCUUCGGAUUUCAGGCGGGUUGAGAUCAGUGAAGAUAUGAAGACAGAUUGGACGGAGAAAGAAAAUUUGCAUCUCAUGGAAGCUAUUUUGCAUUAUGGUGAUGACUGGAGGAGGGUGGCACAACAUGUUGGUGGUAGAAGCGAGAAGGAAUGUGUCGCUCAUUUCCUUAAGCUUCCCUUUGGGGAGGAAUAUCUUAGACAUGCGGACUCCGGGGAGGUUGAUGUCAAAUAUAAUCAAAUGAAGGAUCAUGUUGAUGCUGAAUGCAGAUUAGAGAGUUCGGGUGCAUCAUUCCCCAGUAAAAGACUGUGUCUCACACCUCUUGCUGAUGCAAGCAACCCAAUUAUGGCUCAGGCUGCAUUUCUUUCAGCAUUGGCGGGUGUAGAUGUUGCAGAAGCUGCUGCCCGAGCGGCAGUUACAAGUCUCUCUCAGGUGGGCCGUGGAGCUAAUAAAGAGCCUCAAGCUUCUCUUGCGAAAAUUACAAAAUUGCAAGAAGCUGAUGUUACACCUAAUGGCGACACCACUGGGAAUGCAUCAGAAGGAGCUUUUGUGGAAGCAAAUUCACAGCUUCAGAAGGAAGAGCUGGAUGUGGAGAGAGCAGUUUCUAGGAUUGCAGAAGUUCAGAUGAAGGAGAUCCAAGAUAAGCUUGUUCAUUUUGAGAACCUAGAUAUGCAGAUGGAAAAAGAAUGGCAACAACUGGAGCAAAUGAAGAACAUGCUUUUUGUUGAUCAGCUUACCCUCUUGUUUCAUAGAAGUUCUGCACCAAAAACUGAUGAACGCAUGGAGCAGAAGAGUGUAAGAAUAGAUUGAUAUUCCAAGAUUCAUGAAUAUCUAUAUACUUAUCCUCUUUUUUUCCUAGUUAUCUAUUUACUUACCAAAAAUGCCAUAUUUUUCCCCCAUGCCUGUUAGUUGACUUUCUCUCUGGAUCUGCAAAACUUACUCUCAAUCAAAUUAGAUUGGUUGGAGAUGCAAAGCUUCUUCCCUGCCCAGCUGUCCCCCAUGUAGGUUUUUCUUUUCCUGUCCCUCUUGUAGGUUUGUGCUCAAUUUUAAAAAUCACACUUAUCAUUUGGCAACAUUGGCAUGCAUCUGCCAAUAUCUUUCUACAUGUAUAUUACUUUUGUUUUUAUUGAGUUAUUAUAUUGAGAA